AUGCCUUGUCGGCACUUGUGCAUCCAGGCUGGAGCUUCUGGAGCAGAGUGGAGUACGAAUUACAUCCAGCAGGAAAUAUGUGCUUUAAAUGGAUCUACAGUGUUUAUGAACGGAAGUUUUACACAUCCAGAACGUCUUAGAGUCAAACAGAAGUUUUGGGUCAUAGAUGUAGUUCCAAAGCAAGAGCCACCUGAUCUGAGAACAAUCCCAGGUUACUCAGGCAGGGUUGAGUAUUUUCAUGAUAAAAAUAAUAAUUUCGCCCUCAAACUGAGUAACGUAAUGAAGAAGGAUGAACAUGAGUACUGCUACAGAGUCAUAACAGAUGUAGAAGGUCAGAGAUGGAUGAGAAGUCCUGGAAUUAGACUCAGAGUUACAGAGCUCCAUGUAGAAUCUCCUGGAGAAGUAACAGAAGGAGAAUCAGCAGUUCUGACGUGUAAAACCACCUGCAGUCUGACUGAUCCAACAUUCAUCUGGUACAAAGAUGGACGUCCUUUAACCACAGAGAUGAUCCAGAAGAAUCAGCAGCUCCACCUGCAGACAGUCAGCAGUGAGGAUGCAGGCAGUUAUAGCUGUGCUGUAAGAGGAUCUGAACAUCUCCCCUCUACUGCUCAAACUCUCAGAGUCAGACAUCCUCCAAAGAACGUCUCAGUGUCCAUCAGUCCCUCUGGUGGAAUAGUGGAGGGAAGUUCAGUGACUCUGACCUGCAGCAGUGAUGGAGACCCACCUGUGGAGAUCUACACCUGGUUUAAAGAAGAUGGAGACUCACCUGUAGGAUCUGGACAGAGUUUCAGCAUCAUCAGCAUCACUGCUGAUCACACUGGACUGUACUACUGUGAAGCUCAGAAUGCAGUUGGAGUUCAGAAUGGAUCUGUGAUGAUUGGUGUUCAGAGAUGA